CACUAAACCGGAUCAACGACCCUCCAAAGUGAUACGCAAGCAAAAGAAAACCGGUGUACCCCGUAAACUUUGUGCACGCAGACCGAGCGAAGACUCAGGAGUGAGGUCUGUGUGGUGCCAGAUGUUAAGAACAGAGCUGUAAUAGAGGCGGUGGAUGAUACUGAGCUGCUGACUGGCAAACAAACAUGACUGAUACAGAUGGAUCCCAGGCUUCUGAUUCUGAUUACCCUGAUGACCAAGAGCUAAUGAGCAGUUGGCAGGAAGAACCUUGUAAAAUACGUGCAUGUGAAACAAAUACACAAAUGGAGUGUUCAAGGCAAAGGAAUGCUGCUUCUGAUGAAUCUUCAGAUGAGCUUAACAUACGUAAAUUGUCAGCUGCUUCACCUGAGGUUUUGCUGGACAGCAGUGAUUCAGAAAUUGAUGCCUCUGUUGCUGGUGGCAGUGGGUACCAUUCCAAAUGUUCCACUGCCCGUGCAAAACAAAAACAGGAAUCUGAGUCUUCAAGGCGACAAGCUGAAGCUGCAGCAGGAGUGCCUGACAAUGAAAGCUCCUCAGAUUCUUCUCUGUCCCCUCAAAGUCCACCGAAACCAUCAGAAACUCCAAAGAAGACUAAGACAAAAUUCAAUUUGAAAGCCAUUUUUGACUAUCACUUCAGGGGGAAAAAGUUUAAGGCUGCUGCACGCCGAAAAUACAUGUAUGGCACAGAGAAGAAGAGGAAGAAGAGAAAAUAUGUGAGCACACAGAUGCCUGUGGGGAGGCCACCACUGACUGCCUCACCUCAAGAGCGAAAGAGAAGGCUGCUAGACAGAGGUGUUCAAUUCCCUUUUAAAAAAUAUUACGGGAAGAAACAUAUUCCCCUGAAGAUGGUUCUUGGCUAUGAGCAAGCAGCUCUAAAGGGAUAUUUCCGGUACAUUGAAAUGCUUAAAUAUGAAGAACAUCUUAAGAAAGCUUUGAAAGCUCUUGAGGCUAGUGAAGACUUGGAAAGAGAAUGUCUGAUGGAACGGAAACACAAAUACUUGGAUGAUGAAGGCCCCAUUUCCCCUAUUCAGGAGACAAAUGAUAAUGAUGACAGCUUGAAUUCUGAUAAUCAAGAAGACCAUGAUGUCAGAAUAGUGGAUAACAGCUCUUUUAUUCUAAGCAGCAAAAUUCCCAGUAAGAAAAAAUCAAAGCCAGAAAAGAAACGUGCAAAAUUAACUGAAGUGAUUGAAGUAGAGGAGGAAUAUGACAGCAGCUGAGAACUUUGGGCUUCUGUGGUUUUACGUUAGUGAACAGGCAAAUGAGAUGGCAGUGGUCACUCAACGUGGUCACAUUCAGUUUAAGUUUAUGGUGCUUUUGGAAGAGGAAAUGCCACUUGGUUUUCCUGAUGUAAAAGGUAAGCUCUUAACUGGUUAACAGGGGGACAGCAGAGAGAAGCUCUUAGUCUUGCACUUAAGUCUUGCUGAAGCUGUCUAAAUGUCUAAAACAUCUUCCUGUAGAAUGUUACCAACUCUGUGUGGCUCCAGGACAGCCUAGGAAAUGGCAUGGAAGAAAAUGCUGUGUAAGAUUACUGGACAGGAAAACAUAUUUAACAUGAGAAUCCCUGAGCUAAAGCUGGGCAAGCAGUGAAACCUUACAAGAACAUAGUCUCUUAUUUGGCUGGUGCUGUAGUGUGGGUGCCAGGCUAGAUAAUACACCAGCUUGACACAGCUUCAGUUGUUCUUACAACAGAGUAUCUGCUAUUGAAUUCCUUGCCACAAUUACUUUGGUACAAACUGCAGCUGUGUCUCAAAAUAGAAGAGAUGAUAGUGGAAGGUGACAGUUACUAAUGGCCACUGAAUAGGAAACUGAGAUAUAGCUUCAAAUGUACUUUCAAAAGCAGUGGAAAACUAAAAGCCGCUGCAUUCAAUCUGUUCCAGCACGUGUUCAGUUUUUGUCUGUUGCUGUAGACAAAAACCUGGAACCUAGUGCUUAGAAAAAACCCUUCUUUUGCAACCCACAGCUGAUGAACGUAUUGGUUGUGUUACGUGUAUGAAGGGACAAUAUUUGCAUGUGUUCAAGCAAAGUCUUUCAAAUACUGAUGAACCUAGGGCAUGGAUCCCAUGUCACAGAUCUGCAGAAGUGUAGUGCAGUUACAUCUGUUUCUUUCCAGGUUCUGCAGAUGGAGCAUAGCAGCUUUUGAGUGCUUCAGUUCUUAUGGCUGUUAGCUGGUUUGUGAUGUACUUGAGUGGACUCCUGUGGAGCACAUUGAUGAAAGAGGGCAUUCCUGUGAUGUCUGGAACGCAGUGGAAAACACCUACUUGAGGGGAGUCCACCUGGUAGUCCAGUCUGAAGCAGCAUCUUGGUAAGUUAGUGUGCAGAUUGCUUUUUAACCCUGGCUUGUUGCAAGUUAGCUGGCUAUAGCUUGGUGAUCUGUAAAAUUGCUGUUUUCUUCUUAACUGACAAGGUGCUCUGCUUUAG